ACGUUACGGGUCUUGUGUUCCACUUCCGCCGGCGCGAGAGCGGAAAAAAAAAACUGACAUCUUUUUCGGGGACAGAUGAUGGCAAAGUUCCUAGCCCCAGUGAUCCAGGACAACCCGUCAGGAUGGGGCCCCUGUGCUGUUCCUGAGAAGUUUAAGGACAUGCCAUACCAGCCCUUCAGCAAAGGGGACCGUCUUGGCAAGGUGGCAGACUGGACUGGAGCAACCUAUCAAGACAAAAGAUACACAAAUAAGUACUCGUCCCAGUUUGGAGGGGGGAGCCAAUACGCUUAUUUCCACGAGGAGGAUGAGGCAAGCUUCCAGCUGGUGGACACGGCCAAGACGCAGAAAACCGCCUACCAGAGGAACCGCAUGCGCUUUGCCCAGAGGAACCUGCGGCGGGACAAGGACCGGCGGAACCUGACGCAGUUCAACAUGCAGACCCUGCCCAAAAGCGCCAAGCAGAAGGAGCGCGACCGCAUGCGCCUGCAGAAGAAGUUCCAGAAGCAGUUUGGCGUGCGCCAGAAGUGGGACCAGAAGUCACAGGCCCAGCUGAAGCCCAGAGACUCGUCCGUGGAGGUGCGCAGCGACUGGGAGGUGAAGGAGGAGAUGGACUUCCCACGCCUCAUGAAGAUGAGAUACAUGGACGUGGCUGAUCCUGUAGACAUUGAGUGCUGUGGCGCUCUGGAGCAUUACGAUAAAGUGUUUGAUCGCAUCACCACCCGUAAUGAGAAACCACUGAAGAGCAUCAAGAGGAUUUUUCACACUGUCACCACUACCGACGAUCCAGUCAUUCGCAAGCUGGCUAAGACUCAGGGCAAUGUCUUUGCCACCGACGCCAUCCUGGCCACGCUCAUGUGCUGCACGCGCUCGGUGAACUCCUGGGACAUCAUCGUGCAGCGUGUCGGAAACAAGCUCUUCUUCGACAAGCGUGACAACUCUGACUUUGAUCUGUUGACAGUCAGCGAGACGGCCAACGAGCCGCCCCAGGACGAGGGGAACUCCUUGAACUCACCACGCAACCUCGCCAUGGAGGCCACAUACAUCAACCACAACUUCAGUCAGCAGUGCCUGCGCAUGGGAGCGGAGAGGCACAAGUUCCCCAACCCGAACCCGUUUGUGGAGGAGGACAUGGAUAAGAGUGAGGUGGCGUCCGUGGCCUACAGGUACCGGCGGUGGAAGCUGGGAGAGGAUAUCGAUCUAAUUGUGCGAUGCGAGCACGACGGUGUGAUGACUGGGGCGAACGGAGAACUGUCCUUCAUCAACAUCAAAGCGCUCAAUGAGUGGGACUCCCGGCACUGUAAUGGAGUGGACUGGCGGCAGAAGCUGGACUCUCAGAGGGGAGCUGUACUGGCCACCGAGUUGAAGAAUAACAGCUACAAACUGGCCCGCUGGACCUGCUGUGCCCUGCUGGCAGGCUCAGAGUACCUCAAACUGGGGUACGUGUCCCGCUACCACGUGAAGGACUCUGCGCGCCACGUGAUCCUGGGCACACAGCAGUUCAAGCCCAAUGAGUUCGCCAGCCAGAUCAACCUGAGCAUGGAGAACGCCUGGGGCAUCCUCCGCUGCGCCAUCGACAUCUGCCGCAAGCUGGACGAGGGCAAGUACCUCAUCCUCAAAGACCCCAACAAGCAAGUGAUCCGUAUCUACAGCCUCCCUGAUGGAACCUUCAGCUCCGACGAAGACGAAGAUGAGGAAGAGGAGGACGAAGAUGAAGAUGACGAAGAUGAAGAGAGCUGAAGUGUUGGAUGUACUGGAGGGAAAAUGAGACCAAAUGAGUCGGCACCAACUCUGCUCGUCACACAACGGGGCGACACACGAAACAAGGCUUAUUAUUAAAAAAUUGAGCAAUA